CGAAGGAGAAGGACGGAGAAGGAGAAUCUCAGGGGGCUGGGAUUCCGAUAAAGCCCUUUUGCUGUUACAAAAGCACAAUAAGAUCUCAAUUCCCGAGAAAUUUGGGAGAAGCCGGCGGGCGGCGGACGGCGGAGGUGAACGAAACAAACAGAAAGCAUUGACUCCAGAGGGGGUUUUUGUUUAUUGUUUUUAAUUUAGUCAUGGAGCAGUGAGGUUUCAUGCCGCGAUAAGAAGGGGAGGGAGAAAGGUACAAAACUGUAGAGUAAGGGUGAGGGAAGCAGAGGGAAUUUUCAAUUCUUCUGUAGUGGGGCAGGGUUUUGGGUUUGUCUGCUUCCUCAAUUCAUCCCUUUCUUCCCUAGACUCUCAUAGCUCUAUAUCAUUUUCAUGGUGGAUUCCCUUUUUCACGUGUAAAGAUUGCUCUUUUGCUUGAACCCAACUCCCAUAGUUUAAAACCCAAAACUCGGAAUCAGCUCUCCUAUUACUGUUUUCUGCUGCGGGGGAAAUGGAUUCUCAGGUUAUUGUAGCGCUUGCUCUGUCGCUGGUUGGCGGCCUCAGCACUUCACUUGGUGCUCUACUUGUAAUCCUUUCUGGGGCGCCAAGCUUGAAGAUGCUUGGCCUUUUACAGGGUUUUGCUGCAGGUCUUAUGUUGAGCAUAUCGUUCUUUGAUCUCGUUCAUAAUGCCAUCAACUCGAUUGGCUUUCUGAAGGGAAAUCUUUGGUUUUUUGCCGGGAUUAUAUUCUUUGCUAUAGUUGUGACAUUCAUUCCUGAACCACAAAUAGCUCCAGCCUCAGAAGGAAAAAGGAAAAAGGAAAAUGGAGACGAAGGGGGAAAGGAUAUGUUGAAAAAGCAUCGUCGACAAGUUUUCUACAGUGGGAUUGUUACCGCAAUCGGAAUAAGCUUGCACAAUCUGCCCGAGGGCAUGGCUGUGUUCCUCGGAUCGCUAAAGGGUCUUCGUGUUGGUCUAAAUUUAGCUUUCGCCAUUGCUCUGCACAAUAUCCCAGAGGGUGUUGCAGUUGCACUUCCUGUUUACUUUGCAACACAAAGCAAGUGGGAAGCGUUCAAAUUGGCGACACUUUCUGGGUUUGCAGAACCACUCGGUGUUGUAGUUGUAGCAUAUCUAUUCCCAAGCAGCUUGAAUCCUGAAAUACUGGAGGGUCUACUGGGAGCAGUUGGCGGAGUGAUGGCGUUCCUCACCUUACACGAGAUGCUGCCAUUAGCUUUUGAUUAUGCUGGACAGAAGCAAGCUGUUAAGGCUGUGUUCUUUGGAAUGGCCUUCAUGUCUGCAAGCCUUUACUUUCUCCAGAUCAGCUUGCCUGAGGAUAUGAGCUUGUAGUAACUUCAUCAAGCUAAAACAUUGUUGUACAUCUGUCAUAGUAAAAGAUGGAAGCUUUCUCUGGAUCAUUGGAUGUAAUGCUGGCCGUUUCAAUCAAAGGAAGCUCAUCUGUGGGUAAAAUCCAUUCCUGUAACUAGCAAUCGAGCGGGAAAAAUGUAAAGCAAUGAGAACAAGAGAGAACUGUAACCAGAACAUUACCCCCUUUCAACUCUCCUUACUGAAUUUCCCAUCUAUUGUCUUAUAUUAUUACCCUUAACAGGAACGUAACUUUAGCAUAUGAUUUCUCCAUUUUAAGUUCUCUGCAACAAGAGUGAUUCAUGGAA